UUCCUAUGAAGUAUGAAGUAUGGUUUAUCAUUGGUUUACAUAAAAAAAUAUUUUGUGACUCAUUUAAUAGGAUAGGCUUUUGAUAAAACAAUGUCGAAAAAUAUUGUAUUUGAGGGUUGGUUGACUAAAUCACCCCCCACUAAACGAAUCUGGAGAACGAAAUGGCGAAGAAGGUGGUUUGCCUUGCGUCAAUCAGGCGAACUCCCGGGUCAGUAUUUCCUCGACUACUAUGCCGAUCGGAACUGCAGACGGCUAAAGGGGACUAUAAACUUAGACCUGUGUGAACAGGUGGACGCUGGAUUGCAUAUGGAACGCAGUAAUAACGUCACUCUAGAUCCGAAGCUUCGAGGCUCAGUUUUUACAAUUCAGACACAGUCUCGCACAUAUCACUUGGAGGCAGACUGCGAAGCAGACAUGGUUAAGUGGGUUGAUGCUAUCUGCAGUGUUUGCGGCCUGCAGCCCAAAGACAAUGCAUCAACUGAUUCAGAUCCCUAUAUAAAUGCUUAUGAAAUGAGCACAAUUAGUGACCAAUAUCGAAAUGCUGACACCACUGGUCCUUAUAUACCAAUUUCUGAAUGCAUUACUGGAGUUCGCGCACAGAAUUCUCAGAGGGCGUUCACAUUUGAUUCGAAGGACAUUGUGAUUAGAUCAAGAAGGAGCCAAGAAAACGUUCCAAGUAAGAGUAAUAAGAUGUACUUGAGUCAGCCACAUAUCAGGUUCAACAAUGCUGAGUUUUCAGAAAAUGACUCAAACCUCAGUGAUGAAGAGUGCAAAUCUUUAAAUGCUAGUCAAUCUAAUAUAAGGGAAUGGGCGGCUGCAAAGAGUUUCACCAAAACUAACCCUCGCUCCAAGUACCGCGAAUAUCACCACGGACCUCCCGUACCACCAAGACCCCCAAAGACUUUGGCAAUGAGCAGAGGUAUUUUUCAGAGGGACUAUAGAGCCCCUGAACGGCAGAACCAGCCGGAGAUCGGGCAUCAACAUCAAGUCGAGGUGAUUUGUCAUCAACCACGACGCCGCAUAGUUGAGAGUUCUAAUGCGGCCGUGCAAGUGCCUGAGCCUGAAGAUCCUGCUCCUGCCCCAGCUCCUGCCCCAGCACCAGCCCCAGCACCAGCUCCAGCCCCAGCUCCUGUGCAGCAAGAGUCUGUGAAAAUUGUAGCCCCGCCGUCGCCUGGACCGACACAAAUUGUGCCCAAUAUAAAGAUAACUGACUUUGAUGAGGAAGAACGUUAUAAUCAAGCAAUGCAGUAUUCGAACAUUGUGCUGGCGAUGCCGCCGGCUGUGGACCGCGCGCUCAAGCCUCGUCACUCCAGCCACAGUUUCGGCAACGUGAACAAUCUUGGAAUACAGCCAAUGGCUGCGGCGAUUGAAUGCCGAGUGCAUGGGAAUGAGGAUAGGAGGAACCAUACAACAGUUGGUGCCUCUUACGUCAAUGCCAAUUACUUCGUGCAACAACCCUCACCAGCGCAGUCGACCAGUCCAGAUAGCGAUUGCCGGGUGCAUGGGAAAAGGAAACUAGAGGAAGAGCAACGCGAACCAAUUUACAUGAACCUCUUUGGUUUCAUUCCCCGACCUCCACAGGUGCAACGAGUUAUGCAAUUCAAUGCGGACAGAGCACGGUCUGAUGUGCUACAGUAUUUGGAUUUAGAUUUGCACACUUCAACGCCACCAAGCGGGCGUAAGACGUUUGCUGGUGUGCAUGGGAAGUCUUGGUCCGCAGCCGACGCGGCUUCUGCUUACAAAACUGUCGACUUCUUGAAGACUGAAGCCUUCAAUAUAACACGACAGGACGCAGAAGCUUCUAGAAACAGCCAGUAUUAAACACUUUCACUGCCGCCGAGUCAUUUGCGAGCUCUUUUUAAUACUGCGGCAGAUAAAGUGUUACAUUUCCAACUAUAUUAAUGGAAGCUCUCUGAUUUACUGAUAGUUUUAAAAACCUUUUUAUAGAAUAAGAAAAUUUUUACUAUUAAGAUUAAUUAAAUAAUUAUUAUAACUGUUGCUUUAUUUAUAAUAUUGCCGAUUCCAGAUAAAAUCAAUUGUGUUUCUGCCUUAUUUUAAUAUUUUUCCAGUUAAUUUAACAAUCUUUGGUGAUGUUUAAGUUUAUGUUAAGUUGGUGCGAAUUUAAUUAAACCAGUAUUAAACAUCGGCAAUUUUAUAAGUAACUUUAAAACAGUAAGUAUAUUAAGUAUUAUCUAUAGUGCACAAUAACUUGACCACUUUAUACAAUUUAUUCAACAUUAUCUGAGAUGUAAGUCGCGAAGUUACUAAACUUGAUGUAACUUGGUUUACAUGUGGGAGAGACACGUAAGUUUAUCUUGUUAUUGUGCACUAAUUUCUUAUAAAUUAAGAAAUAUAACCGUAUUAUGAUUUCUAGUAUUUGACAUGCAAUAGUCUUAAUUUCAGCCAAAAUAAUAAUUAAGAAAUAACAUUUUUUUUUAAAAGAAAGUAUUAAAAAAUUAACCGACCUAACCUCUCUUAAGUACCAGUAUUAAUUAUUUAAAAAGAUUAAAAAACUCGGCUACAAUAUUUCAAAGACUUAAAUAAUAUAAUUAAGAUGAUUUGAAAGACAAUUUUUUAGUACAUGAGGCCCUUAAUUAUUUUUUAAAUAUUAUAUUGCUUGCUACAAAAUUAUUUUAACACCAUUCCUUUUUACAUAUAUAUUUUACAACUAUAUUGAAAAAUCUUAAGCAUUCUUACUUACAGAUAACAAGUAUUAAAAUAUUUAAACAUUUUACUAAG